AAAUAAAAUCAAGGACGGCUGGAAAGGGCUGAUUCCAAUGAGUUCUUAUUUUGUCAACUCGACUUUCCCGGUGAGUCUGGCKCCGGGGCAGGAACCUUUCCUGGGACAGAUCCCGCUCUACCCCUCGAGCUACGCGGAUCCUUUGAGGAGCUACUCCGGCACUUAUGGAGCUCAGGAGAAGAGCUACAACUCCUCCUCUCCUUACUACCAGCAGAGCGGCGGAGCGUWCGGCCGCGCCUCCGCUUGCGAUUACGCGCCCGGCGGAUUUUUCAGGGAUAAGGACCCUUCGUGCGCCCUUCCCGGCCUGGAUGAGGCGCCUUUCGCCGCGGAAGUUCCGCGCAAAGCGGAUUGCGCGCAGAGCAAAAGCGCGUUCGGAGAGAGCGAGGAGCAAAAAUGUUCCGCGCCCGUUUACCCGUGGAUGCAGCGGAUGAAUUCUUGCAAUAGUGAGUUUAUUUUUUUUUUUUUACGGAAAUAA